ACAAUUCUCAGCCAAGCCAUUCUCACAUCAUUUGAACGAAAUUUAAUUUUCUUUUGACAAAAUGAAAAUUUCAAUUUUCCUAAUUGUUGCAUGCUGUGCUGUAGCCUUGUGCCAAGAGCCCAAUAAGGAUAUUUUGAAAAUUGGUACAGAUUGUGCUAAGGAAAAUGGGGUCACCGAUAAGGAAUAUAUGGAUUAUCAUGCUGGUAAAAUAAAGGGAGCCGAUGUUAAAGAAAAUUUGAAAUGUACCAACAAAUGCUUUUUAAUUAAAAAUGGUUUUAUGGAUGAAUCUGGUAAAUUUAUGCCUGAAGUAUUCAAAACAAAAAUGGCCGGUAUGGAUCCUAAAGUAUUGACUGAAGGUUUAGAGAAGUGCAAGGGAAAGGAAGCGGCAAAUGUUUGCGAAAAAGCAUUUUUAAUUUCGGAUUGCUUUUUGCAAAUCAAAUUACAAGGAUAAUGAAACUUCAUUAGCUUUUCAUAAAAAAUUUAUUUGUUAAAAAUUUUGUUUGUAAAAUUAUCACUUGUAGGCAAUAUAAAUAAAACACUAAUAUGUUAUAAUGUUGUAUCAGCA